AGAGUUCAAAUUCCUAUAUGUUUGUCGUGUCAUAGAUUUCACUCAUGUGGCUCUGAAUUUCAGCCAAGAUUCGUUUUUUCGUUCUGUGUUUGUUAAUUAAUUUAUUUAAUUUUAACCUAUCUCCACCGCCAACCACUUAUUGCAUUCUAUACGCAUAGAAAAACAACAUUAUCGUCUGCUUCUUCCCACUCCACGAUUUGGGCAGGCGAGCCAACAUUUUGCCCAAUCUUUUGAUUUUUCAAUUCGGUCCAAUCGAAACCCUAACUAAUCCCCUUUCGAUUGCGAUUUCUAGGGUUUCUGCGCAAAGGGGCGUGAUCUGUUUGGUUGUUAUCAUCUCGGAUUAAACGGAUCGAGCAAGAUGGGUGAUGUAGUGAAAGAUCUGACAGCUGGCACCGUUGGAGGGGCAGCGCAGUUGGUAGUGGGGCACCCUUUCGACACGAUCAAGGUCAAACUCCAAAGUCAACCUGCCCCAAUUCCCGGUCAACCUCCAAAAUUCUCGGGGGCCAUAGAUGCUGUGAAGCAAACGAUAGCUGCAGAAGGGCCGAGAGGUUUGUACAAGGGAAUGGGGGCCCCACUUGCCACUGUGGCGGCUUUUAACGCGGUGUUGUUCACAGUUAGAGGACAAAUGGAGGCGUACUUGAGGUCUGAACCUGGUACUCCUCUUACGGUGGGCCAGCAGGUUGUCUGUGGCGCUGGUGCAGGUGUUGCUGUCUCGUUUCUCGCUUGUCCCACCGAAUUGAUCAAAUGCAGAUUGCAAGCCCAAAGCGCGAUAGCAACAACCACCGAAGCAACGGUCGCCGGCGCUGCUGCCGCCACCGCCACCGCCACCGCCGCGGCGGUGAAGUACGGUGGGCCGAUGGACGUGGCAAGGCACGUACUCCGAUCGGAAGGUGGGGCGAGGGGCCUCUUCAAGGGGCUAAUUCCCACCUUCGCGCGCGAAGUACCCGGAAACGCCGCCAUGUUUGGUGUCUACGAGGCUUUCAAGCAGUACUUGGCAGGGGGCCAAGACACCUCAACCUUGGGGAGGGGGUCGUUGAUUAUGGCCGGUGGCUUAGCUGGCGCUUCUUUCUGGGUCUCCGUUUAUCCGACAGAUGUCGUCAAGAGUGUGCUCCAGGUGGACGAUUUCAAGAACCCUAAAUAUUCUGGAUCUAUCGAUGCUUUUAGAAAGAUCUUGAAAUCGGAGGGUGUUAAGGGGCUCUAUAAGGGUUUCGGGCCCGCAAUGUGCCGGAGUGUUCCGGCGAACGCCGCGUGCUUCUUGGCUUACGAGGUUACUAGGUCUAGUUUAGGCUGAUUUAUGAAAUUACCCGUUGCUUUCGGGAAAUUAAAUGUUCUUUUUUUCUUUUAAUUAUUUUCAUUUUCAUUUUUAUUGAUGUUUCUAAUUGGGAAUUGUGAAUAUUUGCAUGGUUAAGAUGGAUUGCUGUCAUUUUUAUUUUCUUUUAAUAAAAUUUGGCCUUAUAAUA